AUUUCCUUUGAAACCAAUAAAAGUAAAAUGCUGUGUGCUCUACAGGCUGGUUCCCAGUGCUGCUGUGGUGAAAGGUCUUAACACGCUGUCUGCCUGGGCCCUGCAGAAUGAACUUUUAGCAGGAAAACAGGUCUUCCUGUGUGGAGAAAGUGGAGAAGCAAAGCAGGCAGUGGCACACCUGGCUACCAAACUGGGCCUCACUGUUCUGGAUAAAGGCUCUUUGUCAGCAGCUAGAGAGUUGGAGGACUUCCCCCUGAAAUUGUUCCCGGAGUGGAGGCUGCCUUUGUCCAUAGCUGUUGGCCUCUCCGCCUUCUUCUUCUUCUACCUGCUCAUCAGAGAUGUUAUCUAUGCUUAUGUUGAAAAGAAAAACGAUAUCUCAUAUCGAAUCAUGGUGGCCCUGGCCAACAAGGUGUUUCCAAUUGUGGCUCUUGUUAUGCUGUCUCUCUGUUACCUGCCUGGCGCGAUUGCUGCUUUCUUUCAACUCUACAGAGGGACCAAAUACAGGCGUUUCCCGAACUGGCUGGACCGCUGGAUGCUUUGCAGGAAGCAGAUGGGUCUUGUUGCACUUGGCUUUGCUGUUCUGCACGCUAUCUAUACAUUCAUCAUCCCUAUUCGCUAUUCUUUCAGGCACAAACUCAUUUCAGGGGUGGUGGAUGAGGUGAAGAACAAUAAAACCACCCCAUCUUACUUCGAUAACACUGAGGCGUGGGGCACAGACUCGUUCAUAUCGCUGGGAAUCCUGGGAUUUUUCCUCUUCGUCCUGUUAGGGCUAACAUCCUUGCCCUCUGUAGGCGGCUACCUCAGCUGGAGAGAAUUCAACUUUAUUCAGUCUAAACUAGGACAUCUCACUCUGUUCAUUUGCACGGCUCACGGCUACAUCUAUGGCUGGAAUAAAUUUCUUCGCCCCUCAACCUACAAAUGGUACACGCCUCCAGGCUACAUGCUCUGUCUGAUCGUACCUUCUGUGGUGUUGGUGCUCAAGUUACUUCUUCUCCUUCCUUGUGUGGACCGCGCCCUCACCCGAAUUCGACAAGGCUGGGAACGGACCCAGCCAAAGGAGAUGGAUGAAAUAAAAUCCACAAACCUCUGAACUUUGUUCUCAAAAGGCAGAGUAUGCACAAGAUACUUUUUUUUAUUAUUUAAUUUACAUCUUAAAUUAACCACAUAGAGUAACUGCUGGAAAAUGUUUUCAAUGUGUAAACAGUUCUAUAUUUUGGGUGACAACAUGUAAUAAAUUACCAUAGUGAGAUGUUAGACAAACAAAACAAAAUUGGUUAUUUUCACUUACUUGGGCAGUGUAUCGUUUAUCCGCUUUGGAAAAAAAAAAAGAAUAAGAAAGAUAAGUAUUACAAAAAAAGUAGGUAGUGCUGUCAUGAACAAGCAGAACUGUUUGUUUCCUCUUUUACUUUCAGCAUUCUUCUCUAAAUAAAUAUACAUAUUUAUAUCCAACACCAGGUGUUUUAGUAGUUAAUGUGGGGAAGGUUAUUGAUUGGCUGCUUUGAUUAGACAAAAUUGAGACAAGUAAAGUUUUGACUUUUGCAUCUGUUAUGGAUUUUGUCUUUUCCUCUGUCUCUCUUAUCAUCUUCUAUCUGCUUACACUCAACCGCUGCAGCUUCCAUGACCAUGUUUAUGUGUGACUGCUGCCAGUCAACAGAUGAAAAUGAUUAGACUACCCUUUAGGCAGGGUACAGAUUGCGCUUCAAUCUCAGCCUCACUUGGUUGCAUCCCUAAGGUUUGCUAAGUGACACCCAGCACUGGAUGGUGAAUGUAACUCUGUAUCUGUUUCAUUUGAAUGACGUGCAUGGCUUGUAAUA